CGUAAUGACUUGCGAGCAAUGGUAUACUGUAUCGAGCGGCGUGGCCCGCUUGACUCUGAGUCGCCAUGGAGCAGGCUGACGUCGACUUAAUCGGUAACCUGGCACGUCAACAUAGGCUGAGCGCUGAAGGCUUCCAGUGCUUUCGCGAAAGCAGAUCCUGUGCACAAAGAAGGUUUAGACUAUCUAUGAGCAGCCGGCUCGUCUCAUAGGCAGCUUAUGGCUCAGGUCAUCUCAGCUGUUUGAGUUUGAUUCGCUUUAGCCAGGAGGACCAGGUGUACAUCUUAAAUGAGCUGAUAGGAGGAGGUGCUUCGCUCACGUCGCCCAUCCCGCAUGAGUCCACCAGCGCCUCGUGGUGGUGGCCCGCCUCGUGGCUCAGACCCGCGGCACCUCUGGGGCCCGGAGGGCAAGGAGCAGGCGACGAGGGCUGUCAGCAGCAACCGCAGCAGCCAUCGCAACAGCCGCAUGAGAAUGACAACACCUCAUCAGUCACAGCGCCCACCAGCGUGCCUGUCAGCGCCAGCCGCUGUCCAGCUGUCGUCAGCGCCGCUCAAACCCUGCUGCUCGCCAACAGGCAUCGGCAUGACAGGGCUCGUCACAGCAGGCGCGUUCCUGAUGCUGUUCAAGGCCGUGGUCCAGGCGUUGUGCAGCAUUGAGGCGGAGCCGGGGUGCCCGGCGUGGGUGACUAGCAGCGCAGCGCUGGGCGACGCUCGCCAGCUGGUGCGCGCCCAGGUCCUGCUGUACGGCGGCGUGUGGGCAUACCUGGGCGCGCACCAGCUGGCGACGGGCAGCGGGCUGCCAGGGUGGGUGCGGUUCGUGCCGGCGUGGGUGCGGCACUUCACGGCGUGGGUGCGGCACUUCACGGCGUGGGCCGCGGUGGAGGGCCUCGCAUUCACGGCCGCCCUUGCGAUGCACGGGGCGUCGGUGCUCGUGCACAGCCUGGUCCUGGACCUGGCCGUGCGCCUGGGCAUGUGGCUGCGUUUCCGCUGAUGGGGGGCACCGCACGUGGCUGAUGGGCCCCCUACGGUAUGUCUUCCUGCUGUGCGUUCCGUGCGCGGCGCUGUGUAGAUAGGGCAAGUGCAGCAUCAAAGCUGCAGCGCAACAUGCAUGGACCCCAGUAGUAAUGGCAGUAGCAAUUGGUAAGCUAGCGCGGUGGCAGGACGCUGCAGGCACCGCAGCUGGCACGUAUUCAACGGCCGGUUCGCAGGCGCGGUACUUUACGUAAUGCACGGAUCCUUUGAUGAGAGCGCUGGAUUCUAGCAACACAUCGACACGACGCGCAUAUCAUACACGUCAACAUAGGUAAUGCAUAGAACGCCACGUUUUGAUUGGGGUCGGGGGCAGGGAAGGACUGCGCCCCAGUAGUGCAGUACUGCUGGGUCCCGGUGAACGCUGCGCAGGGUCGGCGCCGUCCAUAAUAUGCACGGGGUUUGCGAACUGGGGAGUGGAGUGGAGAGCUGACAUCACUGGGGGACAAGCGCCUGGCAACCAUAGGGGCCCCCACUCGCUUUGCAGGCGCAUGUUAGGGACUGAGAGGCUGUGGGGGCUGAUGCGGGGCGCCUGUGUACCAUAUUACGUGUGACCGCGCCCCUGCAUUGGGUGGCGCGAGGCUGUGUCUUUCCUCACGGCCGCAGCGCUAGGUACCGUAUUAAGAAGACGUAACGUGUGCGGAACAGAACACCAAGCUUUACCGUGUGUGUGUGUGUGUGUGUGUGUGUGCGCGCGCGCGAACUGCUGUCGUUUUGAGGGCCCACGGGACGAGGCACGUUUGUUUCUCGGAUGCGACAUUGCUCCGACGGCAGCUGUUGUUUUGACGGCGCUCGGAUGCGACCUGGCUGCCGUGCAAGCGAGCAGAGUCUCGGUGAAGCCAGCGGAUGGAGGCAGCUUUAAGCGCUCCGGCAAGAAGCAAAGACUUGUCUUGCUUCUUGCUUCUUCAUACAGCUUGUGAAUUGGCUCUUCUACUUGCAAGACCGUGCUCUUCAAUCAUUCUCUUAUCUCCAAGUAAACUAUCGGCGCAGAGCGCAACGGGCAACCCAUCAGGGUAUCUGUAACACGCCUGCCGUCAAGCUAUUCUGCUCUUCUGUUUUCCUGCACCGUGACUCCAUCAGAGCCUGCUGACAGCACUGUGCCACUUCACACGCCUUGCCGGUGCGGAUUGGGAACUUGCUGGUGCUCACUUGUGUGCUGGCGCAGCCCAUGUUCUCUUUCGGUGUGCAGCCCGCUUGCGUGUUGGACUCAUCAGAUUGAGCCGCGCUCAGCCAUACAACCUGAUGAGUAGCCCAGCUACUGAUGACCCAGCUUGCCACAGGCACGCGGUAUCUAUGCCUUCCUCUUGCGGCUGUUAGAGGUGCUGAAAUGUUGCGGGGAACGUGGUCUAGUGGUGCAUGCCAGUAAGUGCUGGUGGUCUGUUGAUGGCUGGGCUUGGGCUGGGUUGUGCUCCAUGUUCGGUGUACGACCGUUUGGGUGUGGUGCGGUGCUGCCAGCCUGCCAAACAUAUAACGUCUGGAAUUUAUUACCUCCGUAAUGCCCACCUCAACUGGCUUUCAGCAUGGCGUGGGUUGCCACGGCCUCUGCAACUUGAUAGUGGGCCAACUGGGUGCUGGCCCGCCAAGCAUGCGCGUCACCAACCUCCAGAGCCCUCCAGAGCCCUCCAGAGCCCUCCAGAGCCCUCCAGAGCCCUUCAGAGGCCCGUGCAAAUCCCUCCAGAGGCUGAGCGGCUCUGAAACAGCUGUGUCAGGAAUGCCAGACCACCCUAAAUGCAGCAGGAAGCCGCUUUCUAGCUCUGGCUGCCUGCGAAGCAGCUGCAGGAGGACCUGAGCCCCGAUGCCCACCGUAAAUUCAGGAAGGCUGUGAAAGAAAUUCUCAACACUGGGCAGGCACACACGGCAGCAUGGCGACAGGUCAGAAUAUCGCAGUGCUUGGCUGCUGCUGUGCGGGGCCCGAGGGGCUGACGCAACGGGUGUUACAUGAACCAGCGGGUUGCCGCCUCACAGUCGCUGAUCCUUCCAGCUAGGAUCCGCAUCACUACGUCAGCCGACGGGGCCUUAAACUUUGGGCUUGGGAACUUCUACCUGCGCCAGGUGAUCCUCACGUCUCCGGCUGUCGCCAACCUGACCGAACCCCCAACACCACAAACACAGCAUUCAAGGCGGGCGUGGACAUGCUGCUCCUACUACCCCGACAAUGUUAGCUAUCUCAAGCGCGUCCAGAUUGUUGCACUGCAGAACGGAUACACCACCGAACAGUACAUGCUCGAGUGCCGAGUAUGUUUUAUGACUCCUGACAACCAGUGGGCAGCACAUUGGCGACAGUGGACUUACCACGACGCUGGAAUUCGCAGACCCAUACCCUAUUGACCGCCAGCUCUACCUGCACUUCAAGGUGCGCGCGGGGACGUGGCAGCAGGGCGUGUCAGGGCGCGAGCGACCAAUCAGUACAGUGUGCGCUGGGGCCCCAACUUCACGCGCCGUGUGAAGGAAUCAAGUGUCCUUUAUUUUGGCCAUCACUUCAGUGACGAUAUCGCAAAUAUUCAUGUCACAAUGAACGGAUGAGGUUUCGGCUGAGUUUUGGCUGGGUUUGUGCUGAGUUUCCUCCAAGUUUGUGCUGAGUUCCUUUAAGUUUCUGUG